AGUUAAAAUUUGACACGUUUGGUUUAACUUGGAUUAGAAGGAUAAUUUGAUGACACUAACUUCAACUUGGAUCCACUCGUGUGAGUUCCAUGAGAAUCCAGACAGCACUAAUGCAAUCCCUCUGUAGUAUCGUGUCGAUCAUGGUUAUCUCAGUGAAGUUCAAUUCCAUUCUCAUCACUCUCUGAUUCACAGUUUCAAAAUCUCCAUCACUUUCCAUUGCCACUUUCGUCUCCAUUUCACGAAUCAUGAAGACGCCACCAUUAACAACAACACCAUCACCAACCCAAAACCUCUUCCGCCAUUGAAGGCAACACCAAAUCAGAGAUGAAGCGAACCAGACCAACAAAGCUCGACACAUUCACCAGGCAACGAUCCUUCCACAUUCUCAUCGCCAUUGCAAUUCUCUACCUCCUCUUGUUCACCCUCGAAUUCCCCUUCUUCUUCUCCACAACCCGCGCCACUCCGCGACUCUCGGAACAACCGAGUCAGACCCAGCAACCCUUUCGCCGCCACGACGUGGUGGUGUCCGGGUUGGUCCUAAACGACGCCGCAUUCAGUUCGGAGUUUCACCGAUCCGCGUGCCGAGAGGGGAAGCGGGUCUGGAAGAAGCUUGUAUCAGGGGACCCGCGAAUCGCUGCUCCGAAGCCGCAGAACCGAUCCGGGUCGUGUCCGAGGUCCGUUACGGUGACCGGGUCGGAGUUUUCGCGGCGGGGGAGCGUGGUGGUGGUUCCUUGUGGGCUGACGUUGGGGUCUCAUGUAACGGUGGUUGGGAGGCCGUUGAGGGGGGAGGGGAAGAUGAGUCAUUUUGUGAUGGAGUUGCUGGGGUUGAAGACGGUGGAAGGGGAGGACCCGCCGAGGAUCUUGCAUUUCAAUCCGAGGUUGAGAGGGGAUUGGAGUGGGAAGCCGGUGAUUGAGCUCAACAACCGUUAUCGCAUGCAGUGGGGCUCGGCGUUGCGCUGUGAUGGGUCCAAAUCAAGGGCUGAGGAAGAUACUGUUGAUGAGCUGGUGAAGUGUGAGAAGUGGAUUGGGGGAGAAGACAGGGAAGAAAUGGAGUCUAAAUCAGCAUGGUGGCUGAAGAGACUGAUAGGCCGGACCAAAAAAAUACCAGUUGACUGGCCAUUCCCAUUUUCUGAGGACAAGCUAUUUGUUCUUACUCUUAGUGCUGGAUUGGAGGGCUAUCAUAUUAAUAUUGAUGGGAGGCAUGUGACCUCUUUUCCUUAUCGCACUGGCUUUACUCUUGAGGAUGCCACUGGCCUUACUUUGAGUGGAGAUAUUGAUGUCCACUCUAUUUUCGUUGCCUCAUUGCCUUCAUUGCAUCCUAGUAUAUCCCCGCAGCAGCAUCUUGAAUUUUCAACCAUGUGGUGUGCUCCAACUGUUCCUGACUCUGGCGUGGAAUUGUUCAUUGGCGUCCUCUCUGCUGGAAAUCAUUUUGCUGAACGGAUGGCCGUGAGGAAGUCAUGGAUGCAACAUAGCCUUAUCAAAUCUUCAGAAGUGGUUGCUCGUUUCUUUGUAGCACUGCAUCCGAGAGUAGAGGUUAAUGUAGAGUUGAAGAAAGAAGCAGAAUUUUUUGGGGAUAUUGUUAUAGUUCCAUACAUGGAUAACUAUGACCUUGUUGUGUUGAAAACAGUAGCCAUAUGUGAAUAUGGGCUUCGCACAGUUUCAGCCGAGUAUAUCAUGAAAGGUGAUGAUGACACUUUUGUAAGAGUGGAUGCUGUUAUAAAUGCAGCAAGGAAUGCUCCGGAAUCUAUGAGCUUUUAUAUUGGGAACAUUAAUUACCGCCACAGACCCUUGCGGCAUGGUAAAUGGGCUGUUACAUACGAGGAGUGGCCAGAAGCGAUUUACCCACCCUAUGCUAAUGGACCAGGGUAUAUUUUGUCUUCUAGUAUAGCACAUUUCGUGGUAUCUCAAUUCGAGUCGCAUAAAUUAAGGUUAUUUAAGAUGGAAGAUGUGAGUAUGGGAAUGUGGGUAGAGCAAUUUAACAGCACCAGACCAGUAUACUAUUGGCAUAGCUUCAAAUUCUGUCAGUAUGGAUGUGUAGAAGAUUAUUACACAGCCCAUUACCAAUCUCCUAGGCAGAUGAUGUGCCUCUGGGAUAAAUUGCAGAAGCAGACAAGGCCUCAGUGCUGCAACAUGAGAUAGCGAUGAGGUACAAGGUGCCAUCUUUGAAUUCAUUGAGGAACAAAGAAAACAAGUUUUGCAGUCAUAGCUUUUAGUCUUCGAUUACUGUAUAUCCCUGUAUAAAAUGGCCUUUUAUAUUAUUUAUUCUUUGGGUAACAUAGGAAAGUUUUCAUUACUUAUCUGGUCCUUAGAGUAACUUGGAUAAUUACACCACUUAAAAAUAUACAAUCUGUUCCAUGCUCUUUAAAA